AUGAGCAGUGAUCGGGAUGAGAGCAAGGAUAUCUCAACUGGCGCACAAGUACUUCCUGUGGCUGAAUUGCCAAUGGAUUUCAGUGGAGAGGUGGCCGAUGGAGCCCAGUAUCUGUUUACAGUGAGACGCGAGGCAGCCAGAAUACCGAAUCAGAAACGCGUGUUGAAUCCGUAUGAGGGAGUCCAAGUGGCUGGUUCAAAUACCCAAUCAAGCAGCCACUCAUUCACUCACUCAGAAUGGCAGCAAUCUUAUUCAGCAAACUUCAAGAAACUCCGGAGUCUGAUAGCCACUAUUAAGCCACCCCCACUAUCCCAUUUGCCACACGGGUACAUGCCGUUCCCAGGUAAAAAGGAUAGAUCCGGGUGGAUCAAUUACAUCAACAAUCAAUCGCAUGAACCAAAGAUUUCUAUUUUAAAAUCACUAACUUGCGUCUCCGCUAUCACUCUAAUGACCUUCUUAGUGGAGGAUGCACAACAAAACCAGAAUCUCGGUGAUCUGCAAACGCGUUGGUUAGUCUUCUUGAUGGCUAGCCGACCUGAAGAUUUUAGUGGAAAUCUCGUUAGUAAUUUGAGAGUAUUGGCUAGGGGUGUUAUGUCAUUGAUCAAUAUCAACAACCCACCGACGACCAAAAACACAUGGAUGGUUCUCAUGUGUGUAAUCGGCGGAUUUGGACAAGCUGAUCUCUAUAAUGAAAUUGAUUAA